UGGCCAAUAAUAAUGCAUAGACAGACUCAAGAACUAAAAAUGGAGAGAGUUGCUGCAAAACUAUCUAAACUCCGUUCGCAGCUUACUAAAUCUAAUUCCCUAUUUUUUCUCUACUUCAUCUACUUCUCAUUCUUCUCCUUUUUAGGGUUCUUGGCACUCAAAAUCACAAAGCCAAGAACCACUUCACGUCCUCAUGACUUGGACCUCUUCUUCACUUCUGUCUCUGCCAUCACAGUUUCUUCCCUGUCCACCGUUGACAUGGAAGUCUUCUCCAACACUCAACUUAUCUUCCUCACUAUCCUCAUGUUGCUCGGAGGCGAAAUCUUCACCUCUUUUCUAAGCCUCUACUUUUCCCAUUUCACCAACUUCGUCUUCCCUCAUAACAAGAUUAGACAUCUUAUGGGGUCUUUUCAUUUGGACCGUCCGAUAGAGGAUGGCCGUAGUGACCUUGAGACUGUAGUAGAUAAUUGCGAGGGUCUUAAAAAGAUCGAUGAAAGGGCAUCUAAGUGCUUGUACUCGGUGGUUCUUAGUUAUCAUCUUGUAUCAAACCUAGCUGGCUCUGUGUUGCUUCUUGUGUACGUAAAAUUUGUUAAAUCGGCGAGAGAUGUCCUUAGUUCCAAAAAAAUCUCACCUCUCACCUUCUCCGUCUUCACAACUGUCUCCACGUUUGCUAACUGUGGAUUUGUCCCCACUAAUGAGAACAUGAUCAUCUUUCGCAAGAACUCUGGUCUCAUCUGGCUCUUAAUCCCUCAAGUACUGAUGGGAAACACUUUGUUCCCUUGCUUCUUGGUUUUCCUCAUUUGGGGACUUUAUAAGAUCACAAAGCGCGACGAGUUUAGUUACAUUCUCAAGAACCACAAAAAGAUGGGAUACUCUCAUCUACUCUCCGUUCGUCUAUGUGUCCUUCUUGGAUUGACGGUGUUAGGGUUUCUAAUGAUACAGCUUCUUCUCUUUUGCACCUUUGAGUGGAGCUCCGAGUCUCUUGAAGGAAUGAGUUCGUACGAGAAGUUGGUUGGAUCACUAUUUCAAGUGGUCAAUUCAAGACAUACCGGGGAGACUAUUGUUGACCUCUAUACACUUUCCCCAGCUAUCCUCAUACUCUUCACCCUAAUGAUGUGAGUUGCAGUUGCUUUAAAUCCUUUCCUGAUAUAUUUAUGCAUAUAUGGACUCAAAUUAUGUGCAUAAUGUCGACAUACACACAGGUGAAGUUUCUUAUACACUUAAUUAUAUAGUACGUGCUGUAUCUUGUGUUUUUUAACAAUAAAUUAAACUAAAACAGUUGAGAUAGUCCUUUUUUAGACGAUCGAAUACAAUAAGAAAAGGUCACCA